AAUAUUCCUAAACUGCUUCGUUUACUUUAGUCUGUAAACAUGCCUCCAAGUGAAUUGGUUUAUAGCGGCGUAUCAAUCCCUUCGAUCCAGGAAGAUAUUAAUAUCGAUUAUGUGGAAAAAGCACAGUCCGCUGAUUUCGAAACUGCCAUACAUUAUGCAAAGUAUGGAAAAUUUCAACGCGUCCUUAUACUAGUUUGUGGAAUGAUCUACGCAACUUGUGCCAUAAGUACCACUACGUUAUCAUUUGUUUUGCCCUCAGCUGAAUGCGAUUUCAACUUGUCUUCAGCUGAUAAAGGAAAAUUAUCAGCGAUGCCAUUAAUUGGAAUGAUCUUUGGAUGUGGUAUCUGGGGAUCCAUAGCUGAUUCACGUGGACGCAAACUUGCAAUAACAUUAUCGUUGCUAAUAGACUUUCUGGCAGGAUUAGGUUCAUCCAUAGCCCAAAACUAUAAUUUAUUUCUAAUAUGUAGAUUUUUCAACGGUUUUGGUAUUAUUGGGGCUACAAGUAUAAUAUUUUCAUAUCUGGGUGAAUUUUUGUCGAAGAAGGAUACCGACAAGGCACUGGGAAAAUUGGAAAUUUUUUGGAACAUAGGAGUCAUCCUUCUUCCAGGUGUGGCAUGGUCCUUGUUGAGAAAAUCAGUCUUGGAUUCGUUCAAAUCAUAUGGAAACUUCAGCCCAUGGAGAAUUUUUGUUUCCGUCUGUAGUUUGCCCAGUUUGUUGAGCUUGUGCAUGUUGUUUUUCCUACCGGAAACACCUAAAUAUUUAAUUUCGAAAGGAAAAUAUGAGGAAGCCAGGCAUGUGUUUCAACGUAUCUUCAGAAUUAAUACUGGGCAAUCUUUUGCGCAGUAUCCGGUAUUGGCUUUAGAAGGGGAGUACGAAAAUAAUAAUAAUGUUCAAGAAGUUACGUGCUCGUUGAGGACACAUAUUUUUAAUAAAAUGUCUGAAUUUGGCAAAACAAUAAAGAGUUUAUUUGGUCACACCUACGUGAGAUAUUUAGGCAUAGUAAGCUUUGCUGAUUUCGGACUUAUGGCAAGUUAUUAUACAUUAAUAAUGUGGUUUCCAGAGAUAUUUGAAAGAUUCAGCGAGUUUGAAUCAAAAUAUCCUAAUAAGACAUCAACAGUUUGCACUGUAUCUGAAAGUUCCUCCAAAAAUACGUCUAUUUAUUAUUAUCAAGAAUGUGAUCCAAUUAUAGGGGACAAAGUUUUCGUGGAAACAUUUAUAAUAGCCCUAAGCUGCAUGCCUACAUCAAUAUCCCUGGGAUAUUUAAUGGAAAAACUAGGAAAGAAAAUAGUUUUAGUUUCAAGUUUAAUUUUGUCUGGAUGUGCAACUGUAUCAUUAAUUUGGGUUCAAUCUACCAACCAUACAUUAAUCGUAUCAUGUGUAUUUGAAGCCCUUACAAGUAUUCUUGAAGCCGUAUUAUUUUGUGUUGUUGUGGAUAUAUUCCCAACAAAUAUCAGGGCAAUAGCACUGUCAAUAACUGCAACUUCUGGAAGGAUUGGUGCAAUUUUUGGAAAUGUUAUAUUUGGUCUUUUGAUUGAUUUAAACUGUGUUAUUCCUAUCUAUUUGUUCGGAUUUAUGCUCAUAGGUAGCGGAUUACUGUGCAUUACAAUUCCAAGAACAGAAAAUUAUUUGACUUUGUAUUGAAAAUACUUAAGUUCUAGGAGAGAUAGAAGACAAACUACACUGAUGAAUUAUAAAAUGCAUUUUUUUGCAACGUUUAAAUUAAGUUAUAUUUUUAAGUUAAUAAAAAGUCCUUAAUUAGUACUAAAUGUAACCUUUACAAAUUAUUUAUUUUUACUUUUAUGUUAAAUUAAGAUUGUAUAUAUGAAAUAAAUAGGAAAACAUUUUAAUAAGA